CACUCCGGGAUCCUCUUCCGGGGCAGAGGUCGCCCCCCCCAGCUCCAAGAUGGCGAGCGGCGGCAGCGUCGGGGUGUCGGUUCCUGCGCUGUGGAGUGAAGUGAACCGUUAUGGCCAGAACGGCGACUUCACGCGCGCCCUCAAGACCGUCAACAAGAUAUUACAGCUCAACAAGGAUGAUAUAACUGCCCUGCACUGUAAAGUGGUAUGCCUUAUCCAGAACGGAGGUUUCAAGGAAGCCUUGAAUGUCAUCAAUACUCAUACCAAAGUGUUAGCCAAUAACGCUCUCUCCUUCGAGAAAGCAUAUUGCGAGUACAGGCUGAACAGAAUUGAGAAUGCCUUGAAGACAAUAGAAAGUGCCAACCAGCAAACAGACAAACUAAAGGAGCUUUAUGGACAAGUGCUAUACCGUUUGGAACGCUAUGAUGAGUGCUUAGCUGUGUAUAGAGAUCUUGUCCGAAACUCCCAAGAUGAUUAUGAUGAAGAGAGGAAAACAAACCUUUCAGCGGUUGUUGCGGCUCAAAGCAAUUGGGAAAAAGUUGUUCCAGAGAACUUGGGUCUCCAAGAAGGCACACAUGAGCUGUGCUACAAUGCUGCAUGUGCGCUGAUAGGACAAGGCCAGCUGCAGCAAGCAAUGAAAAUCCUACAAAAAGCUGAAGAUCUUUGCCGCCGUUCAUUUUCUGAAGAUUCUGAUGGGACUGAGGAAGACCCACAGGCAGAACUGGCCAUCAUUCAUGGUCAAAUGGCCUAUAUCCUGCAGCUUCAGGGUCGUACAGAGGAGGCUCUGCAGCUAUACAAUCAGAUAAUAAAACUAAAGCCAACAGAUGUGGCAUUGCUAGCUGUAAUUGCAAAUAACAUCAUUACCAUUAAUAAGGACCAAAAUGUCUUUGACUCCAAGAAGAAAGUGAAAUUAACCAAUGCAGAAGGAGUAGAGUUUAAGCUUUCCAAGAAACAACUGCAAGCCAUAGAAUUUAACAAAGCUUUACUUGCUAUGUACACAAACCAGGCAGAACAAUGCCGCAAAAUAUCUGCCAGUUUGCAGUCCCAAAGUCCUGAGCAUCUCCUGCCUGUGUUAAUCCAAGCUGCCCAGCUCUGCCGUGAAAAGCAGCAUUCAAAAGCAAUAGAGCUGCUUCAGGAAUUUUCUGACCAACAUCCAGAAAAUGCAGCUGAAAUUAAGCUUACCAUGGCACAAUUGAAAAUUUCCCAAGGUAACAUUUCCAAAGCCUGUUUAAUAUUGAGAAGCAUAGAGGAGUUAAAGCAUAAACCAGGCAUGGUGUCUGCAUUAGUGACCAUGUACAGCCACGAGGAAGAUAUUGACAGUGCCAUCGAGGUCUUCACACAAGCUAUCCACUGGUACCAAAGCCAUCAGCCCAAAUCCUCUGCUCAUUUGUCCUUGAUAAGAGAAGCUGCAAACUUCAAGCUCAAAUAUGGACGGAAGAAGGAGGCAAUUAGUGACCUAGAACAGCUUUGGAAGCAAAAUCCAAAAGAUAUUCACACGCUAGCACAGCUUAUUUCUGCCUACUCACUUGUGGAUCCAGAGAAAGCAAAAGUUCUUAGUAAACACUUGCCCUCAUCAGAUAGUAUGUCCCUAAAAGUAGAUGUUGAGGCUCUUGAAAAUUCUCCUGGUGCUACAUACGUUCGGAAGAAAGGUGGAAAAGUUACUGGAGAUAAUCAACCAAAGGAGCAAGGACAGGGAGAUUUGAAAAAGAAGAAGAAAAAAAAGAAAGGAAAACUGCCUAAAAAUUAUGACCCCAAAGUUACCCCAGAUCCAGAAAGAUGGCUACCAAUGAGAGAACGUUCUUACUACAGAGGAAGAAAAAAGGGUAAAAAGAAGGAUCAGAUUGGAAAAGGGACACAGGGAGCAACUGCAGGAGCUUCCUCUGAACUGGAUGCCAGUAAAACUGUGAGCAGUCCGCCCACCUCCCCAAGACCUGGCAGUGCAACAACAAUAUCUGCCUCUACAAGUAACAUCAUACCCCCACGACACCAGAAACCUGCAGGGGCUCCAGCCACAAAAAAGAAACAGCAACAGAAAAAGAAGAAAGGAGGCAAAAGUGGCUGGUGAUUAGAAUGUUCUUGUUGCAGGCUGUUUUUAAUCCAUGUCAGUGACAUUAGGAGCAUAAUAAAGGUAACACAGCAAGAAGCACAGCACUCCCUCUUCCAUCCCAUAUUGUCAUGAAAUAAUUUCUUAUACUUCCAAUAGGAAGAUAUCUUCUCAAACUACCUAAUCAGAUUUGGCCUACUUGUACCAAAUAGCUUUGCUCAGAGUGUGAAGACAGAAGAUGAUUGUUUACCUGCCUUGAUGUCUGUUGCAUCCUUUAUAUGUGGAUCUUUUUUUUCCAUUUCAGAUAUAAGACAGGUUGUCAAAGGUUUCCUGGUAUUUAAACAGAAAGUAUUUCUACUGUUUCGAGUCUGAAGAUACUUGUCCUAAUUGAAGUCUCAACUUAAAUUAUGUCUUAGGAGGCUAAAAGUGGAAUCUUCUGAGCAUUCCAAGUAUUUGUUUAGAACUAUCAUGUGAUGAAAAGGGAUCUUAGUAAAACACUAGUGUUCUUAAUUAAAUGAGUAGCCACAAAGACUCAGUGUCUAAAAUAAUUCUAACUACAAAUUCUUUAUCAUGUGAUACUGGAAUUGGGAUACUUUUCAUUUAUGUGUAUAUGUAUACUUGUAUCUGACUUCUUUGUACCCCUUGUCAUUUUUAUUUACAGAUUAUGUUAGCAUGCUGAUUUAGCGCCAUUGGAGCCCUCAAGAAAAUAUAUCAAUGUUCCAAGUAGUUGACUCAGACUCAGUGUUCCGAGGGCAAAUGGGUUUGGACUUCUUAAUCAGAAAGCCCAUAUCAAGAACAUAAACUUUGACUUCUUCAUUUUCAGAGGAAAUACUAUCAGGCAGUAUUAAAAUCUAACAAGAGCAUUUGGCCCAAUUAAUAGAUACUCAGAUGGCUCCCGUUUUUAGUCAUUCAAUACAAAGUUUCAUUUCCUCUCUCAAAGUAAUAUAUUUUGAUGUUGGUUUGUGGUAUAAUUGUUGUUGCUCCUGUCUUUCCUUGAUGACAAGCCACUUUCCCAUUCAACAGUUGUAACACACAUUGGUGGCUGUCCAUGUUUAGUAUUCACAUAUGCUAUCCAGGAUAUCAUUUAUUUUAGACUUACAUUUCCUUGUGUUCAGAUUACUCUGUCCUUGUUAAUAAAAGUGUUGCUGUGUUUGAGCAUUA